AGAGCCUCCAGUCCUGAUUGUCACCCCACUGGAGGACCAGCAGGUAUUUGUGGGUGACCGAGUGGAAAUGUCAGUAGAGGUGUCUGAAGAGGGUGCACAGGUCAUGUGGAUGAAAGACGGUGUGGAGCUGACACGGGAGGAUUCCUACAAGGCACGCUACCGCUUCAAGAAGGAUGGGAAACGACACAUCCUCAUCUACUCUGAUGUGGCCCAGGAGGAUGGAGGCCGCUAUCAGGUCAUAACCAAUGGAGGCCAGUGUGAAGCUGAACUCAUCGUGGAAGAGAAGCAACUGGAGGUCCUGCAGGACAUUGCGGACCUGACGGUGAAGGCUUCAGAACAGGCUGUAUUCAAGUGUGAGGUGUCUGAUGAGAAGGUGACGGGCAAGUGGUAUAAGAACGGGGUGGAGGUACGACCCAGCAAGAGGAUCACCAUCUCCCAUGUGGGCAGAUUCCACAAGCUGGUGAUUGAUGAUGUCCGCCCUGAGGAUGAGGGAGACUACACAUUCGUGCCUGAUGGAUAUGCCCUAUCCCUCUCAGCCAAGCUCAACUUUUUGGAAAUCAAAGUGGAGUACGUACCUAAGCAAGAGCCGCCAAAGAUCCACCUGGACUGCUCAGGGAAGACCUCAGAUAACUCAAUUGUUGUGGUGGCUGGAAACAAGCUGCGGCUGGAUGUGGCCAUCACAGGGGAGCCACCUCCCACUGCUACCUGGCUGAGGGGAGAUGAGGUGUUCACUACCACAGAAGGCAGGACACGCAUUGAGCAGAGGCCAGAGUGCAGCAGCUUUGUGAUCGAGAGUGCAGAGCGGUCAGAUGAGGGCCGCUACACCAUCAAAGUCACCAAUCCUGCGGGCGAAGAUGUGGCCUCCAUUUUCCUGCGGGUUGUGGAUGUUCCUGACCCUCCAGAGGCUGUUCGUGUCACCUCAGUUGGAGAAGACUGGGCCAUUCUGGUCUGGGAGCCACCCAAGUAUGAUGGAGGCCAGCCAGUGACUGGGUACUUGAUGGAGCGGAAGAAGAAAGGCUCCCAGCGCUGGAUGAAGCUCAAUUUCGAGGUCUUCACCGACACGACCUACGAGUCCACAAAGAUGAUCGAGGGCGUCCUCUAUGAGAUGCGGGUCUUCGCUGUCAACGCCAUCGGUGUCUCCCAGCCCAGCAUGAACACCAAGCCCUUCAUGCCCAUCGCCCCCACGAGUGCACCGCAACACCUCACAGUGGAGGAUGUGACAGACACCACCACCACACUUAAGUGGAGGCCCCCAGAUCGGAUUGGUGCUGGUGGCAUUGAUGGCUACCUGGUGGAGUACUGCCUGGAGGGCUCUGAGGAAUGGGUCCCGGCUAACAAGGAGCCAGUGGAACGGUGUGGCUUCACUGUCAAGGAUCUCCCAACUGGAGCCAGGAUCCUCUUCCGAGUUGUUGGGGUCAACAUUGCGGGGCGCAGUGAACCAGCCACCCUCCUUCAGCCAGUCACUAUCAGGGAGAUUGUUGAGCAACCUAAGAUCCGUCUUCCCCGCCAUCUGCGUCAGACUUACAUCCGAAAAGUUGGGGAGGCCCUCAACCUUGUCAUCCCCUUCCAGGGCAAGCCCCGUCCUCAGGUGGUAUGGACAAAAGGUGGGGCCCCCUUGGAUACCUCCCGUGUUAACGUGAGGACUAGUGACUUCGACACAGUGUUCUUCGUGCGCCAGGCAGCACGCUCUGACUCUGGAGAGUAUGAGCUGAGUGUGCAGAUUGAGAACAUGAAGGACACUGCCACCAUCCGCAUCCGGGUUGUGGAAAAGGCAGGGCCAGCAGAGAAUGUGAUGGUGAAGGAGGUGUGGGGCACAAACGCUCUGGUAGAAUGGCAGCCACCCAAGGACGACGGGAACAGUGAGAUCACAGGCUACUUUGUCCAGAAGGCUGACAAAAAGACCAUGGAGUGGUUCAAUGUCUAUGAACACAACCGCCACACCAGCUGUACCGUGUCUGACCUCAUUGUGGGUAAUGAGUACUACUUCCGCAUCUUCAGUGAGAACAUCUGUGGUCUCAGUGACUCACCAGGUGUCUCCAAGAACACAGCUCGAAUCCUCAAGACAGGAAUCACCUUAAAACCACUGGAAUACAAGGAACAUGAUUUCCGGACAGCCCCCAAGUUCCUGACCCCCCUGAUGGACCGGGUAGUGGUGGCGGGAUAUGCUGCAGCUCUCAACUGUGCCGUCAGAGGCCACCCUAAGCCAAAGGUGGUAUGGAUGAAGAACAAGAUGGAAAUCCAUGAAGAUCCCAAAUUCCUCAUAACCAACUACCAGGGCAUCCUGACACUGAACAUCCGCCGACCUUCGCCCUUUGAUGCAGGGACCUAUUCCUGCCGCGCCGUCAAUGAACUGGGGGAGGCCCUGGCUGAAUGCAAACUGGAUGUCCGAGUGCCACAGUGACAGCUCAUCACCUAUUACAUAAGUC